AUGAGUUCAAAAGACGAUUUUUACUUGUGUUUUAAUAAAUUAACUGCGGAAAAAAAACAGAACUCGAUUUAUUUAUCACAAAAAAAAUAUUCUGAAAUAAUAUUAGAAAUUAAAAACGCUAAAUCAAACAAAAAAAAAACAAGCACAGAUUACCGACGUUUAAAAAGAUAUGAUGUAAUAACUAUUGACGGAGAAGACAAAUUGAUUUAUCCAAUAGACGGUGGUGAUUCAACAAUCUAUUACUACGUUCAAAACGAAAGUAUGUACGAUAUUCUUCAUGAAAUCCAUUAUAAUAUAGGGCAUGGGGGGAAACACAGAAUGAUUGCCGAGACAAAGAAAAAAUAUAAAAAUAUCACACAAGAAAUUAUAUUAAUGUAUUUAAAGUAUUGUGAACCUUGCCAAAUGAAGCAAAAAUGUAAAAAAAAAGGUCUGGUUACUAAACCAAUGAUAUUCUCUGAAAUGAAUAGUAGGGCUCAAGUUGACCUAAUUGACAUGCAGUCACAAGCAGACGGGGAAUAUCGUUUUAUUAUGGUCUACCAAGACCAUGUUACAAAGUUUGUUCAAAUACGAGCAUUAAAAACAAAACGAGCUGAAGAGGUUGCGAAACAUAUCAUAGACAUAUUUUGUAUUUUUGGUGCUCCAAUAAUACUGCAAUCUGAUAAUGGAAGAGAAUUUGUAAAUCAAAUAAUUACUGAUUUAAAAUGUAUGUGGAAUAAUUUGAAAAUAGUUCACGGCAAGCCCCGACACAGCCAAUCACAAGGUAGUGUUGAAAGGGCAAACCAGGAUAUUCAAAAUAUUUUAACUACAUGGAUGCAAACAAAUAAUUCAAAAUCUUGGUCCGAGGGUUUGAGGUUCGUACAACUAAUGAAGAAUAGAGCAUUUCACAGUGGUAUAAAAAGGUCGCCAUAUCAAGCGAUGUUUGGUAGUGAUAUCAAAAUUGGAUUAUCGACGUCUAUUCUUCCACCAGAAAUUAUUAACAAAAUAUCUUCAGAAGAAGAUUUAGAAAAUGUAUUGCAGAAUAUUGGAGGAAAAAGUGAAGAAAGCAAUUCUGCAGAUGCUAAUCAGGACGAAGAAAUACAUAAAAUAUGCGAGUCUUGUGGGAAUAAUAUUCAAGCAAUAUUAAACGAAGAUGACAAUCAACGGCGUAUUUGUAAUUUGUGUGCAAAAGAGGGUAUGGUUAAGUCUCAAAGAGACCUUAGUAUAAAAGCAUUACAACAUCAAGCUGAAAAAAUGAAGUUUAGGUCAAUUAAUAAGUUUCCACCUGCCAGCAUCGGUGAUACAGUUCGAGUCGCCAUACCAGACGUGGAUAGAGGUAGAGGAGAUCCGCGAAAUAUUCUGUUUGCAGUAGUAUCAAUAAAAGAUGGAGAAUACUAUGAACUAGGUAAUAAAGAAGGAACGAUAGAACAACAUUACUCUAGGUCUCAAUUUGAUGUUUGUCCCGAGCCAUUAAUUACAGUAAACGAAGUGUCAAAUACAAAAAAAUCGUUAAGAGAAAUCGCAAAAAAUAUGUCAUUGUUAGGUGGUCAGGGUUAUCAACGUUGUGCAUGUAAAUCAAAUUGCAAAACAAAUAAAUGCAAAUGCAAAGCAUCUGGCAUUUUAUGCAAUUCUAAAUGCCAUCAAAGUUUACCAUGUUUAAAUAAAUAA